GCAGUGGCGCGAUCUCGGCUCACUGCAAGCUCUGCCUCCCGGGUUCACAUCAUUCUCGUGCCUCAGAUUCCCAGAAGGCAUGUUGCUUAUAACACAUGAAAACAUGACCAUUAGUAGCAUAGUAUUAUUAAGGAUUGAAAAUUAUACCAAUAAUUUUGUACUAAGCACUGUAAAGUGGAAUUGGUAAGUCCUAAUCUUAGAAAACUGGCCACCUUUGUAAUAUUGCAUUUAAGUUCACAAAAUAAUAAUUUAGUGGUAGGAAAGAAACCGAAUAAUUUUUAAGGAAAGAAUAGAAAAGUGGAGAAAAGAAAUCCGGAAGAGCAAUCUUUCUGUUUGACAGGUAUAGAGAUUUAACUGAAAAUUUCUAUAUAUUUAACAUAGAUACUUUUGGCUUUCAGAGAAUGUUUACGUAUGUUAGAUUGAAAGAUGUGGGGGUACUGAGGUCUAUAAAAGCAACUAUUAAGGUGUGACUAGGGUCUAAUACUAACCAAAUAGAAGGCUGCCAAGUGUCCUGCUGCUCUUUGGAAAUAACAGGUAAGUAAGUGGACUGCUAUUCUGCCAGUUAGGGUUUUGGUUUUACAUCUUGCAUAUGAGUCUGUUUAGAUUCCGAAUUAAUUAUCAUAACCUAGGCUGGUUUUUUCCUCGUGUCUAUUUAACUUUUUGUGCCAGAUUAUUUUACAGAUUUAAUGUGUUAUGUAGUACAUCUCUGGUAGUGACCAGAGAUUUACUCCUUUUUUGGAAGCACUUACUUUAAAAACUCCUGAAGAGUUGUUUUGUGUUCUAAAUAAUUUAUACUUUUUCUGAAUAACUAAUACUUGUUCCUUGUAUCAUUGUUGUUAAAUGUUCAGCAUGCCUCUUAGGUAUUGGCUCAGUGUUUUGCAGCAGACAUUCACCAUGGUGUUUCCCCAAGGAUGCCCUUGCAGCAGCAUUACCCUGGAGUUGGGAGGCAUUCUUGAGGGACAGAUUCUUGAGGGACAGAUUCUUGAGGGACAGGUUCUUGAGGUGUUUUUGAGGUACUGACCUGUAUGGUUGCCUGUCGUGAUUUUUGAGGGGUGGUAGCCUAUCCAAAAGUUCUCAGUAUUUAUAACUGAUGAUCUAGUUCUUGUAGGGUCUUAAACUUAAAAACAUUCCAGUGAAUUAAUUGUACAGCAUAUGUAUCUAUAGUCUAGGCAUCUUAAAAUUCCAACAUAGAGCUUUUAAAAAUGCUUGUAUGUUUAAUGUAACAAUACAAAGCAGCAAAAUCCCCAGAGCAUCCUGCCUUAUAAUCAUGAAUUAAUAAAGUUUGGUGAGUGAUUGGACCUCCCAAGGGUCUCUCUAAGUUAACCACUAUAACUUCCCCUCAGCCCUCUUCUGGUUUGAGGCAGAGCCUCUUACUCCCUUGGGGAAAGACUUUGUUUUUUAUGCUUUCGUGAUGAUUCUGACAUUUUUGAUGAUGGCUGUUUAUUACCUUUUGGCUGCUCUCUUAAUUCAAUGUUACUCCAUUCCAUUAAAGAGUUAAUAAGGAAAUGUGUUUUAAUUUAAAAAUGUGUACGGUAUAAGUUUGCUAGGAGAGGUUAGAAGGGUAUUUGUUGAGAAAAAAAAAAAGAAGGCAUUUCACUUCCUUUUGGGUUGGGAAUCAUCUUUGAAACAGUAAACAUUCAUUCUAGUAAGAGGCUUAUUACAGCAGUAAUAGUUGAGGGCUUGCUAUGCAAUAAACUUUUAAGUACAUUAAUUGAAUAAUCAAGGUAACUUUGUGAGAUAGGUACUGUUGUUAGCAUUUGCAUUUUACAGAUGAGGACACUGAGGCAUAAACUGAUUACUUCACUAAUCAGCUGAUUACUACACAGCAAGUACGCUGGGUACUUGGGACUCACACCCAGCAGUCUGGCUGCCAAGACCACAUGCUUCCUUGCCAGGACUGCCCUGUUACUUUUGAUAUGGUGUUAUCGUUCAUAUGUCUUGAUUUUCUCCUGUUUUGAGGUCUAAGUAAACCACUUAAACAUUUUGUAUGUUGGUAAGUUGUAGCCUAGGUUCAGUAGCCUCUAAAGUAGUGUUCACAACAACUCUUCAUCAUAUUCCCUAUGUAACAGACAAGGAAACUGAGCUGGUAAAUGGUAGACUGUGCAACUUAAGCUGGAUCUCAUUUUUUGUGGUUAGUCUGUUAUCUCACUAGUGGUCAUUCCCCAGCAUGUGAGUUUUGUUGUUCACUUUUCAGAGAAAUAUUUUGCCCAACUGAUGAAGACAGAAGUGCAAAGUCUCAUCUUAAGCACCUCUUCUGCACUUUCAUUUGGACCCUUGGAUACCCAUUGAACAGAUGCUUGAAACCUGCAAGUAAUCUUCAGAUCCUAGCAGAACCAUAGGCCUUUCCUUUGUGUUGGGAGGAUAUAGCCUAUAUGCUGUGGAAAUGAACGGGGAGCAGCAGCUUGAUGCAGAUGCCGGCUCUGGUAUGGAAGAGAUAGAAUUAAGCUGGGAAGAUUAUCUAGAAGAAACAGGGUCCACAGCAGUUCCCUAUGGGUCUUUUAAACAUGUGGACACACGUUUGCAAAAUGGAUUUGCUCCUGGGAUGAAGCUGGAGGUGGCUGUGAGAACAGAUCCUGAAACCUACUGGGUUGCCACCAUCAUCACCACCUGUGAACAGUUGCUCCUUCUCCGCUAUGACGGCUAUGGGGAGGAUCGGAGAGCAGAUUUCUGGUGUGACAUCAGGAAGGCUGAUCUCUACCCCAUUGGGUGGUGUGAGCAGAAUAAGAAGACCCUUGAAGCCCCAGAAGGCAUCAGAGAUAAAGUAUCUGACUGGGAUGAGUUUCUGCGGCAGACCCUAAUAGGAGCAUGUAGUCCUCCUGUUCCACUGCUAGAGGGCCUCCGUAAUGGGAGGAAUCCUUUAGAUCUCAUUGCUCCAGGAUCCAGACUAGAAUGUCAAGCUUUCCAGGACUCUUUAAGCACUUGGAUUGUUACUGUAGUAGAAAACAUUGGGGGAAGGCUGAAGCUACGUUAUGAAGGACUUGAAAGUUCUGACAAUUACGAACAUUGGUUGUAUUACUUGGAUCCAUUUCUUCAUCACGUUGGUUGGGCUGCUCAACAGGGAUAUGAGCUUCAGCCUCCUUCAGCCAUCAGACAUCUAAAAAAUGAAGCUGAGUGGCAAGAGAUUUUGGCCAAAGUGAAAGAGGAAGAGGAAGAGCCAUUACCAUCUUACUUAUUUAAGGACAAACAAGUUAUUGGCAUUCAUACAUUCUCUGUAAACAUGAAAUUGGAAGCUGUAGACCCCUGGUCUCCUUUUGGGAUCUCUCCGGCUACAGUUGUUAAGGUUUUUGAUGAGAAGUACUUUCUGGUGGAAAUGGAUGACUUGAGACCUGAAAACCACGUGCGGCGAUCCUUUGUGUGCCACGCCGACAGUCCUGGCAUCUUCCCUGUGCAGUGGAGUCUGAAGAAUGGCCUACACAUCAGCCCCCCUCCAGGCUACCCAAGCCAGGACUUUGACUGGGCUGACUACCUCAAACAGUGUGGUGCUGAAGCUGCUCCCCAGAGGUGCUUCCCUCCGUUAAUUUCUGAACAUGAAUUUAAAGAGAACAUGAAGCUUGAGGCAGUGAACCCCCUUCUCCCUGAGGAAGUGUGUGUUGCUACCAUCACUGCAGUGAGAGGCUCCUACCUGUGGCUCCAGCUGGAGGGUUCUAAGAAGUCUAUACCUGAAUAUAUUGUGAGUGUGGAAUCCAUGGAUAUAUUUCCUUUGGGCUGGUGUGAAACCAACGGCCACCCCCUCAGCACUCCUCGCCGAGCACGAGUACAUAAACAGAGGAAAGUUGCAGUGGUUCAGCCAGAAAAACAAGUACCAUCCUCGAGGACUGUCCAUGAGGGCCUGAGGAAUCAGGAGCUGAACUCCACAGAGUCAGUUACGAUUAAUGGAAAAUACUGCUGUCCAAAGAUAUACUUCAACCACCGUUGCUUCUCAGGGCCAUAUCUUAACAAAGGAAGAAUUGCUGAGCUGCCUCAAUGUGUAGGACCUGGGAACUGUGUUCUGGUCCUUAGAGAGGUCCUCACUUUACUUAUCAAUGCAGCCUACAAACCCAGCCGUGUCCUUCGGGAGCUCCAGCUGGACAAAGACUCUGUGUGGCACGGAUGUGGGGAAGUCCUAAAAGCCAAAUAUAAAGGAAAGAGUUAUCGAGCUACUGUUGAGAUAGUGAAAACAGCAGAUCGGGUGACUGAAUUCUGCCGGCAAACCUGUAUCAAACUGGAAUGCUGUCCUAACCUCUUCGGUCCACGGAUGGUUCUGGAUAAGUGUUCUGAGAACUGUUCUGUACUUACAAAGACCAAAUACACACAUUAUUAUGGAAAGAAGAAAAAUAAAAGAAUUGGGAGGCCACCUGGUGGGCAUAGUAACUUAGCUUGUGCCCUGAAAAAAGCCAGUAAGAGGAGAAAGAGGCGGAAAAAUGUUUUUGUUCAUAAGAAGAAACGCUCCUCUGCAUCUGUUGAUAAUACCCCAGCGGGCUCUCCCCAGGGAAGUGGGGGUGAAGAUGAGGAUGACCCAGAUGAAGGGGAUGAUGAUUCCCUAAGUGAAGGCAGUACAUCCGAGCAGCAGGAUGAGCUACAGGAAGAAUCAGAAAUGUCAGAAAAAAAGUCAUGCUCCUCUUCGCCCACCCAAAGUGAGAUAUCCACAUCGCUGCCUCCAGAUAGACAAAGGAGAAAAAGGGAGCUUCGCACCUUUUCAUUUUCUGAUGAUGAAAAUAAACCUCCUUCACCAAAGGAAAUAAGAAUUGAAGUUGCUGAAAGGCUUCACCUGGACAGUAAUCCCUUGAAGUGGAGCGUGGCAGACGUUGUGCGGUUCAUCAGAUCCACUGACUGUGCUCCAUUAGCAAGAAUAUUCCUAGACCAGGAAAUUGAUGGGCAGGCCCUAUUGCUCCUUACCCUUCCCACUGUUCAAGAAUGCAUGGACUUAAAAUUGGGCCCUGCCAUCAAACUUUGCCAUCACAUAGAGAGGAUCAAGUUUGCUUUUUAUGAGCAGUUUGCCAACUGAGAAGGACAACCAAAGUGAGCUGGAUCUUUGAAGCACAAAUGCAGCAAAUCCUUCACCCUGCUUUAUAAGUGGAGCUGGAAUAGUCCUGGGGCUCUGGGGCCUGCAGGUGUCAGCUUGCUCUCUUUGCACUUUCGGGGAAGGACACAGUGAGGAAGCAAAAACUGUGCACAGAAGUGGAUCGCCUGCCGGUGGAAAUGUGGACAUCUCUUGUUCAGCAGAUGGCAGUUUUAAAAAAAUAAAGGUUGUGAGGAAAAGACUUAUAUAAGAAGAAAAGCAUUUCCAGUGGUGUGGCCUGAAAACAAAGAAUAACCUAGGCUGCUGGAAAGCACCCUUUUGGUUGUUUUCAUUCUGUUCCCUCCCAUUGUAGAUUGAACUUUGUUCUCUGCUUUCUUUUUCUUGGAAAGAGAGGACCUAGCUUUAAGUCAGCACUGAUUUGGGACUGUUCCUAAAGGCAUAUCAGUGCUUCAUUGUCAUUGUGUUUUUAAGCUUUUUAAAAUUAAAACAGUUCAUUUUGGGGAUGAUUAUGUGGCUCUAGGGUUUUGAAUGUAUAGUCACACUUUGAUCCAUUUUAAAAUCGAUUCUUAGGAGUUUCUUUGUUUACUACCUCUGUUGAUAAUUGAGCUUACAGCCAUGUAUGAGGUUUUUUGUAUGAUGCCAUUUUUAAGCUACAUGAACACUAAAAUUAUGACAGAAUUUGGAGGGGGGGAAACUGUUUGCUUUCUUAAAAACAUUAUGUGGGCACUUACACCAGUUCCUUAACUGACCUGAUCUAAGAACUCUACUGUUACUAUUCUCCAUCUUGACCCAGCCUGGGCUGCCUGUGUUAAGUAACAUUACCAAGACUGUUAGUAUUUCCGUUUAAUUGCCCUCUUCCUGUUCAUUCUUAGGGGGACUUCAGUGACUUUUAUUUUGUGUUUACUUUUCUCUAGAGUUGUUUGUCUACCUCUGUUUCAUUUCUGUGGUCUUUACUUUGGGUGAAAAUCAGUAGGCGUUCCAUGGACCCACAGCAAAGGCCAUUUGUCCUUCUUUCCAGGUGUCUCCACUGUAGAAGCACAGCACAGAAAACAUGUUUUGGAGGGUAACGCAGAGCAUGGAGUUUCUGUAGCAGUGUCCUCAGUGGCUGGAUAAAUAUUGAGACGUGGUUAAGGAUUCUGGAAACCUCUUUGUCUAGCCACACUUAGACUUUUUUCAGCUAAUCCUUUAAUUUGAAUAUAAUCUUUAGUCCGAGGAUUCCCAUUUAAACAACUCAGUAUUCUUUUAAGUGUGUCUUUUAGCCCAGCUCAAGUUAACAUGAAACUCCAGGUGAAUUUUCGCUUAUGAUUCCAUUGCUAGCUAUUAUAUAAUAAUAGCGUUUGCUGCACUAUUCUGGUCAUGAAGAGUGAGGAAAAACACAUACCUAGGUUGUCUCCCUUAAAUGGUUUGCUUUGCUGAAUGCUUUUUUAUCCUAAUCACCUGCAAAUUUAUAACCCAAUCAUUCUUUCUCAAGAUUUGAAAAUGUUUUAAUCCUGCAAACUGGGUGAAUUCUAAACAGCUCUACAAAUAUAAGGAAAUAUUACAGCAAAUUUUAACUGAUUGUGAUUUUUUUCCCCAUUCCCCAACACCCCAACCUAUUUUUGUGGACAUUGGUGAAUAAUCUGGAGCCUCUCUUCAUUGGAUAAUAUAUAAACCAGCUUAACUCAAGCCUUGCAACUAAAUCAUACAUGAAGACAUUAACUCUUUGCUUAGGUUCCUAGCAGAUAUACCUGAGAAGAAGCUUCAUUUAAGUAAAAAUUAAUAUGUUUGAAACUUUAGAGAUCCAGUUUUUUACAAUUCUGUGUCUGUGGAAGAGAAGGAUAUACAGGGAAUGCUAGGGAAUAAUUAGCAUUAAACAUUAAGCUUUUGGUGGGUAGUGGUGGUGGUACUGAUCUUGCUUAAUGAAAUUUCCUGAGAGUUCAGUCAAGGCACUAAGGCAAAGAGGGCCCCUUGAGGAAGAACAAUGGAACAGAAUUUCUGGAAUUAAUGUUUAGUGCCUCAUGUUGUUAUCUUAUUUAGGAAAGUGAAACAUAUUUCCUGUAAGAGGGAAUUCACCAAGCACAAGAAUAAUGAAUGCUUUAUUUUGUCUCUCUUUUGACUUCUCCAGAAAACACAGAAUUAAUAAUCACCUCCCUUCACAGGUGAGGGGAUGAAGGUCCGGAAGGGCGAAACAUACAGCCCCAAGUAAUCUCUGAUCUGGGUAGAGUCAGAGCCCAACAGGCUUGUUUAUACUAUGAUUAUUCAGGCUCAGCCUUCUCCUAGAGAAAGGCUGACUCUAAAUGGUCAAGUAAGUUGGGUUUCCCUUAAUGUUUCUUGCAUUCUCCUACUAAGAUAUAGUUUAUUAGGCAAUUGAAUAAAGAAUUAUAUCCCCCAGCCCUGACUCCCAUAUAUUAUGUAAGUGAGGAUAGUUGUUUGGGAAUUUAGCACAGGGCACUUUUUUUAACUUAAAAUUUGAACUUAAUUUACCUCACAAAGCUGCUGGGACUGGACUGGAUAACAAUGAUGUUCUGGUUACUGUGAUGCUGAAACAGAUUUCAAGACAGAUAAUAGCUCACCAUGUUGGGGUAAAAUGUUGGUAUGUUGCACAUAGGUGCAAGAACUUUGUGUUUUAGAGAGACCAACUUCUUAAAUGUGUAACAGUUACAUUGUGAGGGGACUGCAUUUGUCUGGAUUUCACCUGCAGCUGGGCCUAUAGCCUGCCUGAGGUCAGAAAAUUUUUCAUGACCCAUUUUUUACCCUGAAUUGACAAGUUUAGAAAACAGGUUAAUGGACUGUUUCAUCCUCCUGGACCUUGAAAAGCUGGCUGACCAAUAUUAGACUAUUACUGCUACAUUAGUGUGCUAGGGAAACCUUUUUGCUGCACAUGCAGAUUUUUCUGUGACAUUUUGACUAGAUUUUGUGGGCUUCUGGGUACUAUGCUGUUUUCCUUUGUAAACCAUCUUCAUCCUUCUCAUUUGAAGCAGAGUUGAAGUGGCUAACGCAGGGAAUGCAUUUACGGAAGCUUGCACCCUAUCUGCCUUUGUUCAGCAAUGCAGGUGGCUCCUAGCAUUUAUCUAUGUUAUAAAUAUGUGAGGUCAGGGAAGGGUACUUACUAACCUCUGGAAAAGAUGAGCUUCUUGGUAAAUAUUUAUUGACUUAUGGUAGAAGCAAACAUAGAAAACUAGUUCAGAACUUAGCCUUAAUAUGCCUUUUCUCCUGGAAGUAAAAUUAUUCUCACUGUGAGACAGAAGACAUUGGACCUUAGCUUCCAGACGACCCGGAUACAUUUUACUCGCUCUCUAGUACCAAUUCAGUCACUAAUGUGGUACCUGAAUACAAUUUAAAAGCUUUAGGAGGCCUUAGGUAGGGUGGGACUCAGAAUCAUUUCCCUCUCUCAAGCCAAAAAGUGUUUCUGAGGAACACACAGAACAUCAGGUGAUCUAGAUGGGAACAUUUGGGAAAACUAUCACAGGCAAUUAUAUUUACUUGGCACCUAUAUCACCAAAGAUUGUUCUGUUUGAGACACUAUUUACUGGUUUAAUUGAUCAACAGUGGAACAUACCCUGGAUUUGAACUCUGAUCCUGUGUAUUGAGGAUGUGCCUUGUGUGCACACACCAGUUCAAAAGUGUUCUGUGUUAUUAGUAGGAACCCUGUUGGCCUUAUGAAGCUAAAUGAGAAGAAGGCAUCACUACAAAAAAUGAAGUAUAAAUCUUGGUGGGGACCAGAAGCCGCCUUUUCAAGCUUGGAUUUCCUUGCUCCUGGGUCCAUUGUAAGCAACCAUAUGUUUGUCAUGGUGCUGACUCAGAAAUCGUAGGACAAAGAGCCUCCUGCAAAACCAAAAAGAAAUGUUACUGUCCUGCAAUUAUAAUUCUUCCUUGACUUUGUUCACUUUAGAUGUUUUACUAGUGAGUUUUGAUGACUCCCACCCCUUAUGUGAGAAUGUGUAUACUUUGGAAACUUGAAUUUAUCCAAACAAGCUACCUAUCUAUGACUUAGAGUCGGCAUAAGUUUUAAAUUCAAUGCUCAGUCCAAAUGGAUCUGGUUCCAGGCCCACUCCAAGGGUGGUUCCAGGUGUGUUUAUUCAGUACUUGUACCAGACCACACAGGUAGCCUUGUUUCUGAGGGCAGCUUUAUGGGGAGGUGUAGAAGGUGGUGGGCAGCAAAUGCACUGCAGAGUCAUUUACUUGGGUAUGGUGUUUAAGGAGCCUGAGAUUUUCACAAGAACCAGCAAAACCAGGAGUGGAGAAUUGGGGAGAGAGAGAAGUAUGCCUAAAACUCCCUCUUCUUGUGUCUUUUUUGACUUAAUACACCAUUGGGUCUGUCCUGGUGCUAUGGCCUAUCACAAAGGAUUGUUUUAAGAGAGAAGCAAGCCACAGCCUUGCCAGAUAAAUCUCCAACACCAGCAGAAAAGCACGGACCCUGAUCUAUGGGAGGCAAGGGUCUCCCAUUACUUCUGGAGGCAAAUGGUGCCUUCUAGUGAAAUGGUGCCACCAUUUGCUGAUGCGGGUGCCUGUUCUCAGGAUGUGUGGAAACUCGGGCCUGAGGGUUUCUACAUGGUUUAUUCAAUCUAACUGCAUACCUAGCUUGGCAGAAUGGAGGUGGACAAAAGUGCUGAAAGGAUGAGGGUAGGCUUUUAGGGCAAAUCAAGUCACAAAGCAGAUGAUUGAGGGAGGUUACAAAGCUUAGGCAGAGUUAAAGUUGGGCAGUCCGUUAGCUCCUUUUGCAAGUAUCUCUGGAGAAGGUAGUUUGUUUCUCUUGAGAUUUUAAGUGCUCAUUUCUUUUCCCCUCCUUUUUUUUUUUUUUUCAUUGAAUAUUCUCUAAAGACAAUCAGAGGCUUGCCAGGGAGGGACUCCUGGCUGGUUCCAGCACUGUCCUUAGGCCUCUUUUUAAUACUAACUUGUUGGAACUGAUGCACUUUGUUUAAUGUAUUUUGCCUUUUUUUUUAAGCUGCUCAUUUAGAACAAAAUCAAAUGCUUAUUGCAUUGUAUCCUUCCUGCUUGCUGUUUUUCCUCUUAAUUUCAAGUUAUGCAUUGAAGAUAAAAGUACACUUAAGAAGUAUGCACAAGAAUACCUAUUAAAAUAACUCCCAUCAAGUUUGAUGGUAUAACUUCAAAGGAUUAAAAAAACUAUUUUGGAUUAAUAUUUUGCGUGGUUUUUUUUUGUAAAUACGAUUGUAUAUAAGCUUGUGGUACAUUAUGACAGUUUUAAGUGGUUGUGAGAACACUAAAGAAAACAGGUCUUAAGCUAUGUUUAACCUUAACUUUGUGCUGAUUUGACAGCAAGGAAGGCAUUUUGGCCAGAGUAAAUUUUUUCAAACUCUUUCCAGUGGGACCUCAGAGAAUCAUUUCCAAAUGGAUGAAAAGUUCCUUCCUACUUUAAUAAAACUCCAGAAUUCUUUCCCCUCUCUUGCUGUCUCAUCCUUUACUUUCUAGAUUUAGGUGCUUUUUAAUUCCAGUUCAGGAAAGAUAGGAAGUGUAGAAUUUCCCCAUAGCAACCUUGCUCCUGGCAUUGGGGAUUCUGCCUCUGAUCUCUGAAGACUGCUUCUUGUUUGUUCCUCUGUGAGCCUUAAGGAUUCCUCCACAGCUGGAUGUGCAGAACAAUUCUUUGUUAAAAUCAUCACUUUUCAGCUCAGUGUCCAAUUUUCCUUGAGCUGUCUGUGUCUUUAAGCAAUCAAUAGUCUCCUUAUGCCCAGCCACAAUCUCUUCUGCUUUAAGACGUAGCCUCUUGUUUGAUUCUCUCUAAACAUUGUACUGUUAACUGUUGAGCACCUUCAUAAGAUCCCUCUUAGAUUAAAAGAUAGUUCAUGCAAUUUUAAUUUUCCCUUAUCCAUUUAUUUUCUUAAUCUGAUUUCCUGUAUUUGCCCACGGCCAGUACUUGUGGAGAGUUUAAAAUUUUAUAAAUUAAAAUUUCAUUUAAAUUAA